UUCAGUCAGCGACCAAUGGCCAAUCGUAAUAGUCCUAUUUAAACUGUGUCUCGAGAAGACGUCCGUUCCUACCUCUUUUCGGGCUGUCAAUGUGUGUGCGCGAUUAAUUAGCGUGUUCUGUUUCGACCCGGCCGCUUGCGUCCACCAAAACAAUGGCUGCGCAACUGGGUGGACUUAGAAUCGGCGCCAGCGUCGACAUUCAACGAACGGACGGGCGCAUCCAUUCAGCCACAGUGGUGAGCAUGGAUCAAGACAAACAGGUCAUCGUGGCGGAGUGGUACGAGAAGGGGGAGACCAAGGGCAAGGAGCUCGAGUUCAGCACAGUGUUCGCGCUGAACCCGGGACUCCAGGACGUCAACCGUAAUUCAGUCAAAAAGCUUCCAAGGCAUACGCAAGUGCCCCUGGCAUCGGCGAAGUCCGGUACAAUUCAAGACCGGCGGAGCCUGGCCAGGCCGGCACUGCACCAGCAGAACGGUCACGACCGCGCCAUGGGGCCCCCACCCGCACCACUUCCCACUACCAAGUCUAGCAAUAUAAUUUCUUCACUGGCCGAGAAGGACGUGCCAAUGAACUCGGUCUCGACGCGGCAGUCCCAGCAGCAAACUCCACGGGCCCUGGUCGCGCCUAGCGGCAGCGCGUCGGACCUUAGUGCGGCCAGCAGGCGCCGCACCAAUGUGGUCAAGGAAGUGGACCGAAUCAAGAAACAGCGGGAGGAGCGGAGGGCAAGACAGCUCAGCCAGAUCGAGGAGAAGCGAGAGCGUAUGAACGUCGACCCAGGAAAUCCCAACUGGGAGUUUCUUUCCAUGAUAAGAGAGUACAGGUCAACACUAGACUUCAGGCCUCUAUCGAUGAGUGACCCAUCUGAGGUGCACCAGAUUUGCGUGGCUGUGCGCAAGAGACCACUUAAUAAAAAGGAGGUGAAUCGAAAAGAGGUGGACGUCAUCACUGUGCCUAACAGGGAUCUCAUCGUAGUCCACGAGCCAAAGCUAAAGGUUGACCUGACAAAGUUCCUGGAAAAUUCUACGUUUCGAUUCGAUUACGCCUUCGAUGAGACGGCGAACAAUGAGCUAGUUUACAAGUACACCGCAAGACCCCUCGUACAGACCAUAUUUGACGGAGGAAUGGCAACAUGCUUCGCCUAUGGACAGACGGGCAGCGGUAAAACGCAUACAAUGGGUGGAGAUUUCUCUGGCAAGACGCAAGACUGUUCUAAAGGCAUCUAUGCGCUAGCAACCAAGGACGUGUUUAAGCUGCUUAAGUCUCUGAAAUACAAAAACGAAGAUUUGGUUGUCUCCUCGAGCUUCUUUGAAAUAUACAGCGGGAAGGUGUUCGACCUGCUCAACGCAAAAGCGAAGCUCCGUGUACUGGAAGAUGGCAGGCAGCAGGUACAGGUUGUCGGCCUUGUGGAGAGGGAGGUGGACUCCGUUGACGAGGUCCUCAAGCUCAUUCAGCAUGGCAACAGCGUGAGAACAUCCGGGCAGACAUCGGCCAACCAGAACUCCUCGCGAUCUCAUGCAGUGUUCCAGAUCAUCUUGAGGCAACGGAAGUCCAGCCGGCUGCACGGCAAGUUCUCCCUCAUUGACCUGGCCGGGAACGAACGGGGUGCGGACACGUCGAGCGCCAACCGACAGACAAGGAUGGAGGGAGCAGAGAUCAACAAGAGCCUGCUUGCCCUAAAGGAAUGCAUCAGGGCAUUGGGUCGUCGGGGUGCCCACCUUCCGUUUCGGGCCAGCAAGCUGACACAGGUCCUAAGGGAUUCCUUCAUCGGAGAGAACUCUCGGACCUGCAUGAUCGCCAUGAUCUCUCCAGGCUUGAGUUCUUGUGAGCACUCUCUCAACACACUGCGCUAUGCAGACAGGGUGAAGGAGCUUGGCGUCGAGGACAGCCCAGAGCUCAAGCCUGCCUCGAACGAGGAUGAGGAGAUGGCCCCGGAGAGCGAAGAGGACGACAACCUGGCUCUUCUGAGGGCCUCUGAUGAUGUGGAGAUGUCCGGUGAUAUGUAUACAUUCCACGAAGCAAUCUCCCACCUCCAAGAGAUGGAAGAAGAGAUCCUAGACCUGCACAAAACGGUUGUGGAGGCCAGCCAGCAAUGGGUGCAUCAAGACAUGGACCUCCUUACUAUGACAAAUGAAGUAGACUACGACCUUGACUUGUACGUGCAAAAGCUCAAGGAUCUGCUUGCUGAGAAAAUGGAGGUUCUGUCCAAGUUCAAUGAAAAGGUCACGGGCUUCCAACAACACUUGGCUGAGGAAGAAAAAAUGAGUAUGAACAUCAAGCGGCCCGUGAAAUGAACCUCUUGACUGUCUCGACUCUCCUGCUUCUUCCUUUUUCGUUGAUGAGCAACCAUGUUGUAUUAUAAUUGUACACAUUUUAAUCGACUGCUUAUAAUUUUUAUGUGUAAAUAAGCUUUAACUUUUAAAAGCAUGCAAAACCCUCACCUUCCCCUUAAAAAAUGAAAUAAAGAAGGCUCUAAGGCUGGAGCUUCAUAAAAAGGCGCCCAGCCUGGAGCCCCAUGCUUCGGCCUCAUAGAUGUCAGACACGGCCCACCCGGGUGGUGCUCCGAAGGGGGGGGGGGGGGGGUGAAGAAAGACCAGUGCACUCAUUGUUUUAUUGAAGUCUCGUGCAUGAAUAAAGUGUGCGGAUCCUCUGUA